AUGAUCCCGCAGUGCAGCCUGACAGGGCCGGUGGCUAACAGCAUCCCAGUUCUGGUCUUGUGCGGGCACAGAGCGCCUGAGAGCCCCAAGGUUAAACUGGGCGCGUUUCGCUAUGCUCCUUGGUGUCCAGCUUGUCAACAGAUUGAAUUGACAUGGGAGAGUUUUGCAAAGGAAAGCGAACAUCUAGAUAUCACUGUGGGAAAGGUGGAUGUCACUCAAGAACCAGGCUUGAGUGGUCGUUUCUUUGUCACAACACUUCCUACAAUUUACCAUGCAAAUGAUGGAGUAUUUCGCAGAUACCGAGGCUCACGGACGUUGGAAGAUCUUCAAGGUUAUGUUUUAGAGAGAAAAUGGGAAGCUGUGGAGCCUGUAGCAGGAUGGAAGUCUCCAUCUUCUAUAAUGAUGCAUGGCAUGGCAGGACUAUUUCACCUCUCUGGAUGGAUCAGGCAAAUUCAUAGCUACCUCACUGGCACUCUUGGAAUUCAUGUUUGGAUUUCUUAUGCACUCUUCAUCUUAGCUACCUUAUUGAUUGGCCUGUUCCUGGGUUUGGUACUGGUUUUGAUUUCAGACUGCCUUUGCCCAUCCAAGUCAAGAUACAGAGCUGAAACAUCUGAAGAAGCAAUUACAAAGGAUAAUGUGGAGAAUGCAGCAUUAGAAGAACCGGAGGAGGCUGCAGAGCUUUCCGCAGAUGAUGCGGAAGAGACUGCAGAUGUAAAAGACCUCUCAGAUGGAGAAGAUGCAGCAAAUUCAAGUGCUGAUGACUCAGAGGAGGAUUUAGCACUUGGAAAAGAAUCAGGGGAAGAAGAAAUGGAAGACUUAAGUGAACAACCUUUAGCUGAUUCAGAGACUGAAAGCUCAGUAAGACAGCGUAAAAGUCAGGUGGCAGAUAAUGGACUAUAGUUGUUUCGGUGGUGUAUUUUGUACACUGGGACCAAAGAAGUAUCAGACCCUGCGUCUGAAGCUGAAGCUUACACUUGAUUUGUCAUUUGUGUUUACGCAAAACCUCUGCUCCGUCAGCAGGCUUCUCUUUUUUUUUUUAAGCUAAUACUUGCUCAUUGGGUUUGUUUUAUAAGCACAUAUGCUGUAUAUUGUAUAACUUUAGCCAUGACAAUCAAAAUAAGUAUAUCUUAUUUGUUUGAAGUCUUCUAAGAGAAAAGGGGUGUAACAGUCUCGGUUCACCAGCUAUAAAAUGGUCAUCUGUACUUGUGUUCCUUUGUAAGUAUUGACCUAAGCAAGAUCAGGACUUUUAACUCUUUACAGUAGCUUGGCAGGGCUGUGACUUUUCUGUCUGAAUGUUUAUUGUUUCCAAAUGCCACAGAAGCACCAGAUAAGUGAUACAGUAGUAAAUGAAGGCACCUUACUAGUCUUCUAUUAAAAAUGUUGUGUAUGAUGUGCUUAUUUUUACCAGUUUCAACUGAAGCACCUUUCUCUUUCAUUCUUAAUGUUUGUUUUGAAAGUUUAUCAUACAGUACGCCCCCAGAUUUUUCAGUUUUUGGUAAUUCGGAGGCAUGCUGCACCCAUCAAGCUUGUCAGCUGAGUUUUUUGACCCAAGGAGUUUGAGUAAUUGCAAACCUCAGGCUGAGAAAGAGUGGCAGCUAAAUGUUUAAAAUAUGUUUGAACUUUUAAAAGGUUUCAAGGAAAUUAUUUUGGUCAGGGGGGAU